AAAGAAAUUGUCUCUGGUCUGAGAUCUCUGCCUGCUUCCUUGGUCAGUUGGUUGCUUUCUUCGGAGACCUUAUUGGCUGCAGAACCUAAGACUCCUGUAGAUGUGCCAUUUCAGAAGAAUUAUGAGCCUGGUUGGGGUAGUGAUCAUAUCAAGUACAUCAAUGGUGGUUCCCAGGUCCAACUUGUUCUUGACAGAAGCUCUGGAGCUGGAUUUCACUCCAAAGCUUCAUACCUGUUUGGGUAUUUCAGUAUGAGAAUAAAGUUGAUUGGAGGUGACUCUGCUGGGCUUGUUACUACUUUCUAUCUUUCAUCAAAGGCAGAGACUCAAGAUAGAGAUGGUCAUGAUGAGCUGGAUUUUGAGUUCUUGGGGAACAGAACUGGUCAGCCCUUCAUUUUGCAGACCAAUGUCUUCACAGGAGGGAUAGGAGGCAGAGAGGAAAGGAUCAACCUCUGGUUUGAUCCUACCAGGCAUUUUCAUACAUACUCCAUUUUAUGGAACAAGUAUCAGAUUGUCUUCUUCGUGGAUAAUGUGCCUAUAAGGAUAUUCAAGAACAACAAAUAUCUUGGUGUGGGGUACCCCAUCAGUCAACCCCUGAGGAUAUACGCAAGCCUAUGGAAUGGAGAGGGGUGGGCUACCAGAGGAGGAUUGGACAAGGUUGAUUGGACGAAAGCACCCUUUGUAGCAACUUACGCUUCCUUCCAUGUGGACGCCUGUCCUCAAUCAGCAAAAGUAUGCAUCACUCGUGGGAGAAUGUGGUGGGACCAGAUAGCCUACCAUGACUUAGAUGCGCAUCAAUAUAGGAGACUUCGAUGGGUCCGAAAUAAACGCGCCCUUUAUAGCUAUUGCAGGAACCCAAGUAUCCCUCGCGCUCCAGAAUGUGAUAGGAAUAAGGCAUAA